GGGAACGGAUGAACGGUGGGAUAGGGCUCACAGGGAAUGAAUUCCUCUACGAGGAAGGUGAGGAGAGGACAUAUGAGGCGAGGGCCGAAUGUUAAGAUCCGCGGAACGGAGUCUCGAAGCUCUGACUAUUCAGCAACGGAAGAUGACGACUGCUGUCCAGCAAAAGAAGGGGGAAAAGGGGGAAAAGGGGGAAAAGGGGGAGGUAAAGGGAAGGAAACCUUGAAGGAAAAGGGGGACGAAGGAGGUAAGAAAGGGGAUGGGGAGAAGGUGGAUAAGGAAGGUAAGAAAGGGGAGGAGAAAGAUCAAGGGGGGAAGAAGGAUGGUGGAGGCAAGGAGGGGAAGGACAAGGCUCCAGCAGUCGUGGAGGUCAAGGAGAAAGGUGAAAAGGGAAAAGAAGACAGCAUAGGGGGAGGAAGCAAAGGACAGACGAAGGGUUCUGUUGAAGCGCAGGGGGUGCUGCAGGGGAAGGAAGGGGCGACUAGUUCGGGAAGCAAGCUGGAACGAGUGAAGAAGAUAAAAAAACCCAUCCCCCCGAAAGAGAAGCCCCCCAGUCUUAACGAGAAAAACUCUUUCAGUAAGAAAGGGAGAUGGCAGCCAAAGACCCCAACGRCUUUGGAGAAAGCCAAUCCCGAUGCCAAAACUUUACCCUUGGUAUUUGGUGGUGACCAUUUGAAAUCAAAGGCUAAACAGAAGAAGCUGGACACAAAAAUCCCCUUGCCCGUGGAGACAUCGCCUCCURUUCCACCUCCUCCGAGCGACCACCCUGGUCCGAGGGAGAAGGUAGUUGUGGUCRAUACCGAGGAAUUAAGCUCAGACUCAGACUCUGAUGAACCGGAAGAUCCGAAAGAAGGGCUGAUAAGGAACAGGGAGAGGGGAGAAGGCCGGAACUCCAAGUCCACGGCAGUGACAGGGGCUAACGCCCCCCCAUCUGAGGAGCUGGACUUCUCAGUCCCUGGCCUGAUUAACGAAGGCCAAGUCCACUUUGACCCCGGGGUUGAAACGGACAAAGCAUGUGCGGGGAUUUCUUGUAAGAACGCCAGAUCUAAUGAGAAUAAAACAGUUCCUACGGAGUACAAGCAAUGGGGGCUCAUACAGUCCUCCCCCAGGGGGGAUUGAGCGCAUCCACAAAGAAAAGGGGGCUACAGGCUAGAACAGCGAAGAAGACACUUUCCGAUUCAGGGCCAAUGGCCACGUUAACGA